GAGCCUCUUAUCCACUGAACCUCACAGACAUGUUCUCAAACUCAAACGCUCAAUUUCAGAAUGGUUGACUUCGUAAAAGCAAAUAAUACGUUUGUGUCCCAGCACAGUGAGAAGAUGCAUGAGGUUUCUAAACUCGGUCCUCCACCCUCAGAGCAUCUUAUCGUUUUGACCUGCAUGGAUGCGAGACUGAACCCGUUCAAGUUUCUCGGUCUAAACGAAGGUGAAGCCCACGUUAUACGUAACGGAGGUGGAUAUGCAAAGGACGCCCUCAACAGCAUCAUCCUGUCUCAGCAAUUCUUGCAGACCCGUUCUAUCGCAGUAAUUCACCACACAGAUUGCGGGAUGACUCACUUUACGGUGCCCGAACUGCGUCACAAGAUCCUGGAGACGCAUGUAGGUAAGCUGAGUCCCGAUAAAGCUAGCCAGGUAAAGAAGGAAUAUGUUGAGUUGGAGGAGAGGCAAGCUUUCCGUCCAUUCAAGGAUGUGGAUGAGAGUGUAAAGGAGGACGUACAGUUCCUGAAAGUGAAUCCAAUGGUAAAAAGUGAAGAGGGGAGCAUAACGGGUUGGGUGUAUGAGACCGAGAGUGGAAAAGUCAACGGGUGGUCUAACCAAAAGUAGUGUAUAAUCACUUCGAUUUCUGAAUAGCUAUAAGCCGUAAUUU